GUGGCAACCUUCCUUAAAAUCGUGCCACCGUAACAUUUAACUCAUGAUGCAGCCCGGGACAAAGCUCAUGGGUCGCACUCUCACCAGAAGAGGGCAUUCCGAUUCUGCCUGACAAAGUUGUCUUGACAUGCAGACGUGAUUAACAACAGCGUCAUGCUGUAUUUCAAACCGAGCAACAACGAGAAUGAAAGGAACAUUUGGACAAAAAGGUGGAUAUCUGGAUAUUUGACUAUUCCGCGAGACUCGUUGACAGUGUUUCACAGAGACUUGUGGAUAACCGACCGUUACUUUCCUCUGUGCGCCAUGCGCGGAACUGACUGAGCAUCCUUGAGAAUAGAGACGGCGGGGUUUACUCGGCAGAGGAAUCUAGGGGCUGCUUGAGUCCUUUGGAAAAUUACAUCUUGUUUUUUGCUUUUUUUUUUUUUUUUUUGCACAUGCCAACGUAUUGGUGAAGUUCUGUGACAGGAUUUUCUCGGAAUCUCCAUGCUCAUUUAGACUGAGAUGAAUUACUUGGAAGUGGCUCCGUUAUUGUCCGCGCCUACUGCAGUACUCUUUUUGGCUGUAACUUGAAAAAAAAAUAGAACGAUUCUUUUCCUGCGAAGACAUGGAUAGGGAGUUCUGAAACCGGAUUUUUUUUUUUACCCUUUUUAAACUGGAGUUGGAAGUAAAUGACAUUCGCCCGGUUCAGUUGUACGGUUAUAGAUGCAGAACUAUACCGGAUAGCACAUCCAGGUCCGGGAGAGUAAAGGGCAGGUGCGCUUUGGAGUCGGCGGCUGCGCGGAGAGACCGGGCUAGUGGAUUAGGACGGUACCUGUCUGUGGAGAGCGCGUCAUGCGGACUCGGAUGUCGCGCACUAGAAGCCAUUAAAACCUGUAGGCUGGAGCUGACAGAUAAGCGGAUAUGGGCUCUGCUCUGCGGCGUCGCUGGCUAGUGGUCCAACUCCUGAUGCAGGUGUGGCUGGCGGCAAAUCCAUCUUUGAGUGAGCGUCCAUGCCCCAAGAGCUGUCGCUGUGAUGGAAAAAUUGUCUACUGUGAGUCAAGCGCCUUUCGUGAUGUCCCCAAGAACCUCUCAGGAGGCUGUGAAGGCCUGUCUUUACGGUACAACAGUCUUGCCAGUCUUCGUGCUGGCCAGUUUGUAGGCCUCAACCACCUCAUCUGGCUCUACCUAGACCAUAAUUACAUUGCCUCUGUGGAUGGAAUGGCCUUUCAGGGGGUCCGCAGGCUCAAAGAGCUGAUCCUGAGUUCCAACAAGAUCACAACGCUCCACAACACCACAUUCCACCCUGUCCCUAAUUUGCGUAAUCUGGACCUGUCAUACAACAAACUGCAAGCCUUGCAGCCUGGGCAGUUCCAGGGCCUACGGAAGCUUCUCAGCCUUCACAUACGCUCAAACUCUCUUAAAAUCAUCCCAGUGCGUUUGUUCCAAGAUUGCAGAAAUCUUGAAUUCCUGGAUCUGGGUUACAACCGCCUGCGCAGUAUCACUCGGAAUGCAUUUUCAGGCCUAGUCAAGCUCACUGAGCUGCAUCUGGAGCAUAACCAGUUCUCAAAGAUCAAUUUCUCUCACUUUCCUCGCCUCUACAAUCUACGGGCACUUUACCUGCAGUGGAAUCGCAUUCGCUCAAUGAGCCAGGGCCUGACCUGGACCUGGGCCUCCAUCCAGAAACUGGAUCUGUCUGGGAAUGAUCUGACAGAAGUGGACUCUGUAGUUUACCAAUGCCUACCCAACCUGCAGACCCUCAAUCUGGACUCCAACAAGCUGACCAAUGUCUCCCAGGAGGUGGUUGAUGCCUGGAUCUCUUUGACUAUGAUUAGCUUAGCUGGGAAUGUAUGGGACUGUGGCCCUGCCAUUUGUCCUCUGGUGGCCUGGCUGAGAAACUUCAGAGGGGCAAAGGAGACCACCAUGAUCUGCGCCUCCCCCAAGAAAGCCCAGGGUGAGAAAGUGAUGGAUGCUGUUGAAGCCUUUGGUGUAUGUCAAUCAAACCCAGCGACAACGCUCACUGUGAGUAUUCCUCUAACCCCAUCUGGUGUCCCUGUGCAGACUGAACAUCCCCCAGCCAUUCUGGCUUCACCUACUGGUUCUGGAAAGAGAGGAGAGGGAUCUAUCAGAGGUCCCACAUUGUCAGCUGUUACCCCCCCUGUGGCACUUCACCCAGAGCAAGACUUGGAGCCUGUGUCCUUCCAUAAGAUUGUGGCUGGAAGUGUUGCCCUUUUUCUAUCUGUUGCGAUGAUCCUAUUAGUAAUCUACGUGUCGUGGAAGCGCUAUCCUAGCAGUGUCAAGCAGCUGCAGGAGCAUUCGGCAGCAGCCCGCAAACGCCGCAAGAAAGCUAGAGAGACGGAACGCACCCUGAGCUCUCCGCUGCAGGAGUACUAUGUGGACUACAAGCCCACCAAUUCUGAGGCCAUGGAUGUGCUUGUCAACGGGACCGGACCUUGCACCUAUACCAUCUCAGGCUCUCGAGAAUGCGAGGUCCCCCACCAGUUGGGUGCGCUGACCUUCUACCGCUAUGAACAGCCUAUCGUAGACUACUGCCAGGCCCAUCAACCCCUGCGGCUCAACAUGGGCUAUGAGGGACCCCCACAAGGCCUGGAGAGCCUGGAGGACCUGGGGCCGUGUGAUAGGGGCGCUAUACAGACAGUAGCGCUGCCUGCCGUGCCUACUGCUGCCAGCAUAGGUGCCCCUGUGCCAGGGCCUCGCUCUCCUCCACCACCCCUCAGACCACCGACUGAAGGUCCCAGCGGUCCUUUUCCUCCCGCCGAGCGCACCGGCACACUCAAAUUUGGACGCUAGCGAGCCAAGCCUGGUUGUUAGAAGUGGGGCAAGGGCCUCUUAUUCACCAUGACUUUGAAAUGAAGGGGCAGGCGAGCUGGUUAUUCAGUGGGGCCUUGUUUUCAGAACAUAAGUAUGUGAACUAGAGGACGAAAUUUUCUAAGUCUGCCUGGAGGGAUUUGGCAUCGGAAACAUAGUCUCACUAAUAUACAGUAGAGGGGGAGACAUCCUUGCAGAUCAUUUUGAUUUAUUUUUCCAAAGCACCUCAUAGAAAACUCCUUACUACUUAAUCAUGGGAGGUAAUCCAGCAUAUGACAAAAAGUAUUACUUUGUUUCCAAAUCUGGUCUUUGCCAUAUCCCAUGACAACAUCAUGGGGCACCUGUUCACAAGCAUAACAGCAGUCCACUUGCGCUGAGUCAGGAGUGAAAGGGGAAGUGCAAUAUACACAAGUUCUCGAUCACAAAAAGUGAGAGCAGUAACAUAAAAGAUAUAAAAAAAUGAAGCUGGACAUCAUUCGAAGAGAAAGGGGCUUCUUACUGUGAUUAUUAUUAAAAUAUCUUGUUGGUAGUUGUUAACAAAAGUAAAUCCAUGUCAUUAUUUCAUGAAGAUGAGUCAUUUUCUCAAGAUAAGUAAUUUUAAUAGAAUUUAUCUUUCUUUUGUUUUACUUUCUUUUGUUUCUUUAGAUGUGGGAUCUCAUGCUGAAUUCCAUUAAUGUGCAUGUCAAACCAAAGAGUUUACUUAUAUUUUUCCUUUAAUGCACAUAAGCUACUUUAGCUGAGGGCAUUCUUAAAAUGCCAGUUGGUCGUCUAAACUAGCCUCUGUUAACUCACAUUCACAAUUACAAUCAAAUCCCCUGGUGGUUUCAGAUGAACUGGGCUUGUCUUUACAGAUUAGCAAAGUAGUCAUGUGAUACAUAAAGUGAGGUAGUCAAACUGAAAUGUUAAAGAUAUCUAUCAUUAUGAUGUAUCCGGUUCUCCCAACAUCAGUUCAAUUGUUAUCCAUGAUAUUGGCGAUGCAAUGAACAACAAUAACCACAGAAACUUAGAGGAGAUAUCGUGGCAUGUUCCAUACAUUUCUUAAACAUACAGGGGCCCUUUUCACAGCAGAAUGGCAGGUCUUUGUAUAUGAUUAUAUCCCAGCUGAAUGAUUCACUAUGCUUUAAAGAGGUAAUCAUGGGGAAUUUAUGUGGUAAAAUAAGUACAUUUGAAUGCAAAGUAUUGUACAUAUUCUUAAAAAAGUUCCACUUUACUGAAGGUCAAACCACUCUCACUGCCCCAAACAGUCAUUUGAAACAUUGUUGUGUCAAUGUUUGACUUUCAUCACACUGGACAAUUUGGAGAGCACCAUCUUGCUGGGUUGGCAAAGUGUGCUCCCAUGUGCUCCCGUCUCCCCUCCACCACAGAGAACAUCAGUGCCUAGUGGGGCCAUGUUCAACCAGCAUGUUGACUUCUCUUUGACCUGCGUAAGAACCCAUGGGCUGUACUGGGAAUAUUGCCUGACAUCUCCUUUCUUUUCCAGAAAGCGUGCCUGCAGUGCAGGACUUUAUUGCACUUGGUAACCAUUUGGCCACUGUGUCGAGCACUGCUACUUAUUGACUUAUGGAGCUGAUGAGGACUUCAUAUAUGGCUGCGAUGUCAUAUAAUAUGACUUAAUCCAAGCAGUGCUCCGUGGUCGUUUUCUACUUGUCAGUGGUCAUACUCUUGGGAGUUGUGGAAACUGUGCUUGGUCCUCCCACAGCGCAACUGAUUGAUCCACAGAUGAAAAACUGCGAGGGGCCAAAAUUUUCCACUAAAGUGGGUGUAUCCUCAAGAUAAGAGAAAAAAAUAGGGAAUUGUGUUUUGUUUUGUUAUUUUGUCUUUUUGGCUUGGAGCAUAACAGACAGUUUUUGAGGUGUUCAAAGAUGAUGUCAAGAAAUUCUAUAAGACUAAUCAAAGGACAAAAUCGAAUAGAACUUAUUUAUCGUGUAAAUAGUGAAUCUUUAAAGAAGAAAAAAAAGUAUGAACUUCACUUCUUCUGAAACACAAACUGCUUGUGAACAGAAGAGGAGCCUUAUUCACUUUCCAGUGGGAAUCUGUUACCAAGAUGACUCGGUGAAGAGGUUCCUAUUGUAACGCUCCUGUUGUUUCAAUGAUAAAUAUUUUUCUAUCUGCUCCCGUCACUAUUCUACCAUUAAACACAAAUUAUGUUACCGAGGUUAUUUCUCAAAUCCAAUCAUUUUACUGAAACACAUGAAGAAGGGAAGAUUGGGAGCCCUGUUAUUGUGAUGUACUUCAAGCGUCAAACCUCAUAGAGAUCCAUAUUUUCUGUUCUGACUUCAGACAUGUUUCAUCUUGCAGGAGGUGGCCGUACGAUGUGUGGUUAGUUACAUCCCAAUCCACUCCUCUCGUUUAAGAAUUUCAACACUAUCUUGCCAUUUCAAGGUCUACUCGGGGAGAAGAAGUGUGCUAUUCUUUAUACCAAGAGUUUAACUUGUAAAGGAUGUUAUUUUUGAUGUGCCAUGAUUUUGUUAAAUGUUUUACCAAAAACCAGCCCCAAAACAACAAGUGACCCAAAAGGUCUACAUGGUUUCACGACUAAGAAGGGUUCAGUCCCCUUCGUGUACAGGACAUUGCAUAAAAAGCAGUUGAUUCGCUCAGUACAGUUGCUUAAUAGUGCUGGUGGAGUUUACUUUGUAAUAGCAGCUGUGCCAAUGUCUUUAUAAUGGGAGCUCUCUCAAAUCUAUCCAUGUAUUGUCUUGCCUUGCUCUAUAUCACCCCUGCUAACUCCUUGUCCUGAAUUUCAUGUCUGCCUCUUGGUGACUCGGGUGAACCUGUUUAAUGAUGUUCUAUUUCUGUCCGCAUGCUGAUAUUUUGGGAAAGUAUGCCCAGUUAGGAAGGAGUGCUGAACCAGAGACAAACAGUAUGGGAGAUAUUUCCUGUCUAGAGUGCCCUAGAACCAGCAGCACAUGUCAUGGACAACUUUGCUGUUUUCAAAGCAACUUGUUUGCUGACCCAUUCCUGCCCCUGUCUCGCCUAAAGAAUUCCCUGGCACUAUAUAGGCUGUUAAGCAGAGAAAGAUGCUUGUGUUGGGCACUCACUCCAGGGCCAGACUUUCCCUUUAAUAGUCUCCUGCUAAAGCCCAGUACCCCAUGUGUAGUAAUUACUUCAGUUUUCAGAACAGCGAUAAUGGUUUAAUUCAGUCUAAACAAAAUGAUCAAAGCUACUUUGCCCUUCAUGUGUAAUUAGAAAAUGCUAAUAAAAAUCUAUGUUCACAAUUAAAUCAGCUACUAAUAAGCGAUUGAUUAAUCAUGACUACCUCCCUGAUAAAAUUGGAUAUGUUCAGCGGAAUGUUCGAAUCCUGCUGCCAGUAAUUAUUUAGUCUUUUGUCCAUUUCUUUUGCCAUCAGAGAGCUGGAAGCACAGGCGCUGCAUGCUAAUGACGCAUGUUUGAGCUGAACUCCAGGACCGUCUGUGCUAGCCCCGCAAUGCCAACAGGCUUUAUUUUCUCUUCUGCUUUGUUUGUUUAUGGUUUUGUACACCCCAAGCUCCCCACCCCACUUCACUCUUUGAGUUUGGGCUCAAGUCCCCACUGGACUUUUUCCCCCUCUUUUCUUUUUUGCUCGAGGUGGGGUGAAUAAAGGUCUGAAGAAUUGCAGUGAAAACUUUCAUAUUUCAGUGUUAAUGCGCUGAGGUAAAGCUAAUGCAGAGGAGACGAGAGGGGGAGCCAGAAAUGCUGUACAAUAGGGAGGAUAUAGAGGGACAAAUGGGUAAGUGCAAGGACAUUUUAUUCUGUUACAAUGAAAGCUUUGUAAUGUUUCUCAAUGUACCAGGCAGCUUCAUUUCCACUUAAAUGACACAAACUGCUUCAGUCAAACUCAGACACUUGCAAAUCACACACGCAAGUAUUCUGUAGAGCUACAUAUGGCACGCACAAACAAAACAAAAGGCAUACUCAAAUCAACUUGCAUCUUCUGAACUGUAUGUAUUAUGCAUGCUCACAUACAAAGAUAAACAGACACACUCACAUGUUUUAAACACUUUAUUUGAAUUGAAAUUAUAAUUUACACUACGUUAUCAAGAAUCCAUUUUAACUAGCCUUUAUCCACAGAACAAUCACACAUGAAUACGUAUACACAAAUGAAAAAACCUACAAAGAUGAGCAACCCACAUCCCUUGAUAAAUGAUAAUAAAGUACUCCAGGUUUUGAUGCACCCAUCUAUUCUAGUUCACCCAAGGCCAUCUGCGACGGUUCAGUAGGUUCUAAUCCAUUACCUGAUAAACAGAUUUGAAAAAUGAAUUCCAAGACAGACGUGGAGUUGCAGCUUUUCUUUCUCUGCCAUACAUCUGUGUCUUACCCGCAGGCAGCGCUGGGGCAUACCCAUACAGCACACUGUCAUGACUCCAGAGAGUCAGCAAGUAUACGCGCGGGUAGGGGGGCUAAGCAGGAAAAAAAAAACAAGCUAAUGCUCCCCGUCUGCCACUUCUAGAUUCCCAAUUUGAGUUUCUUGUUUUUGUUAGUGUGUCAUUAGUGUGUGUACAGACUGCAAAGUGGUAAGAAUUAAUAACUUUAUCAUGCUAAAAGGCAUAAAGAGAGACUGGAAGCAUUGCUAGUGAGUUAGCUACCCCGCAUGUACCCAGAUGGCCUGUGUGUUUGUGUGUAUCUACAGUAUAGCAGCACCUACUCCUCUACCUCCUCUGAACCAACUUCACCAUUACUGGUGUUCAGGCCAGCCCAGCCCCCAUUGAUUGUUAUUGUUCCAUGCUGUUUCACAUUAGCAGAAGUCUUUAACCUCUGACCGGCAUUGUCCUGACUCUGUUUUUCUGCCAUUGCUCAUGUCAGAGGGGACACAGAAAGGGAAGGCAUGAUCAUUAACCUCUGUCAGGGAAACACACUUUUUCGUUUGUCUGACAAAGCCCGUUUACGCCCCUAAUUGGAUUUAAUGUGAGCACAGAAGAAAGGAAGGUUUUUAUUUAAAUGGGCUGCAUUCUACUCCUGCAGUUGGCUUAAGAGUGCAGUGAGAGAGAAAGCAGAGAGAAACUGACAGAAAGCAAUAUCAGAAUUAGUCUUUGUUUCCUUGCAGGCUCAAAUCAAAUUGCUGCCUCUUAAAUGCUUUCCAUACAAACCAGGGGACCCCCGCUUUCUCCCUCUCAUUCAUUUCCUGCAGAGAGCAUUGAUUUCUGUAGGGUGUAAAUAUGCGCUGCAUUGUUUUCUUUGGUAGUUGGUUUGUUGUUGAUUUUUUUUUUUUUUCUUAUUUGGAUUUUUGUUCUUUUUACUGUAUUCAGAUCUAAAGCAUUUUUGUGGAGACCUGGUCCAAGCGCAAAAAUAUGGCUCUUCUUUGAGUAUAUUAUUGUCAGAAAAUUGUUUUGUAAAAAUUUUGAUGAUGAUAUCAGAAAUAAACAUCUAAAGAUGA